GUUAACUCUACUCCCCUUUAUCUCUUCUCUAUUCUCUAUUCUUCUUCGCCCUUCACGUGGCACAAGUUUAACCCAUUCGUUGCCGCUUCUUCAAAACUCAUUCUCGCGCUCGUGUCUCCUGUGGCUGAGCGCGGCAGUCGUCAUACCGUAUACUGACCGAUAAACAAAUUAUCUCCAAUGUCCAGGAAUACUAAGGCACAUUUCUCUUAACAUCCCAGAUCUGAUCGGUUCAGCCUUUCGUCCAUUGGUGAAUGGAUCGGAGAGAAGAGUGUCCCCAAAUCUUCCAUAAGAAACCCACACCGUCCCACAACGCCAGAAUCGGGACGUUCGGCAUCAGAAUGAUGACCCAUUUCAUAUGGCUCGCGGGUCUUGCUGCCGCUCAAUCUUCUCAGUCUAUCCUAACACUGUCUGGCUCGAUUGCACAAGUUACAGGAGCAGAUGCUACACCAACCCUAUCACUCUCUGAUUUCGAAGCUAGUACCUUUGAAACGGGGACCACAUAUGGCUUAUCUGCAAGUAUAGGCGCACCCAAUGCAACCGCAUCUAAGACAACGUCCUCACAAAACACGCUCACAGUAAUCGCGGGUGGGUCGGGAACAACAGUGGGCAGGAACAUGACUGCAUCUACGACGAUAACCGCACAACCUACGAAUACUCAGCCCUGCAACAACUACCCCGAGUUCUGUACGAGAAGGUAUUCCAACAUAACAGAAGUCUGCGCCCAUAACUCCCCUUUCGUCAGGAAGAACAAUGCCGGAAGCAAUCAGGCAUAUGGAGUGACGCAGCAAUUGAACGACGGUGUUCGCAUGCUUCAGGGUCAGACACAUUACGUGAAUGGAACCCUUUACUACUGCCACACUUCAUGCGAUCUCCUUAAUGCCGGGUCCGUGGAGUCGUAUUUCACCGAGGUUGCAGGAUGGGUCGAGAACCAUCCCUUCGAUGUCGUCACAAUUCUCAUCGGAAACGCCGACUAUGAGGAGAAAGACGUGAACGGUAACCCUCUUGUAACCUCCAAGAACUACGUCGAUCCGAUCGAGAAAUCCGGACUUCGUCAAUACAUAUACCAGCCGCCGAAAACGGCAAUGACACUGGAGGACUGGCCUACUUUGGGAGAGUUGAUUGUUCGGGGCAAGCGCAUUAUUAUGUUCAUCGACUAUAAUUUUGACACCGACGCCGUACCAUACAUGCUGUGGGAGUUCUACAACAUGUGGGAAACUCCAUAUUCCCCGACAGACGUCAACUUUCCGUGCACCAUUGGCCGACCGGAGGGUCUAAGCCAGAAUAAAAGCAAUAGUAUGAUGUACAUGGCAAACCACAACUUGAAUGUAGAGGUCAGCAUCGCAGAAAUCAGCCUAUUGAUUCCGAACACGGUGGCUCUUGAAACAACAAAUGGGGUAAAUGGGACAGGGAGUUUGGGGCUGAUGAGCAACAGCUGUACUGAGGAUUGGGGUCGUCCACCAAACUUCCUACUCGUCGAUUACUACAACGCCGGUCCUUUCAAUGGCUCCGUGUUCGAGGUUGCUGCGAGGGCGAAUAAUGUCACAUACAAUCAGAAAUGCUGCGGGACCGCGUCUUUUGCCACAGAACUACCAAGACCAUCGGCGACACAUUUUGGGCUGAUCAUUACAGUUGCGGUGUCGCUGAUGUUCUAGCUACAAGAAGACAUUAGAAAGGGGUAGCUUCCACGCCCAGGGUAGCCAAAACGAUGGAGUUCUGACUAGGACGGUAGGGAUUUAUUUGCAUGGUGGGCGUGGAAUGAAGGGUUUAGUCUUAGGUUCGGGGGAGCGUUCCCAUUGGGUAAUUGGCCUUGCACAUCGAAAGGAUGGAUUUAGUGACUUUGUGUCCGGACUAAGAGAAACUAUAAUGGAGUCUACACCUGUAAUUGUGCAAGGAAAUCAAUGGAUACUAAUUUUGGCA